UAAGGCUAGGUAUAAAUCAAAACAUAACCUAUAAGAGCUACAAAGCUAAGAAAUACCUAUAACGUCCCCAUUGUAACGAACACAGUUUUGCAGAAUUGUAAUCUCAUACUUGAAAAAAGGCUGUUACUAAAAACAUACAAGAAAAACAAUAUUUAAACCAUUUAUCAACUAUUUUUGUAUUGAAUUGGAGGUUACGUCCGUAUGGUUAAAUAUUCCUAGUAUAAGAAACACAGUAAUCUAUUUUUUGUAACAGAAUAAUUAUGGAAUCCACGCUUUCAGCUUUUGCUGUAUACAAUUCCCAGAAAAAAGAAUCCAAAAAGAGACAUCGUAAAAGAAAAAAUAAACCACCGACUUCACCAAAACUGUUAAAAAAUGUUGGAGAAGAUCUGAUAAAAGAUAUCGGAUUAAAACUUAAACAAAAACAGAAGAAAAAUAAGGAAAUCAAAAAUAUUAUUAAAAAAAAGUCACAUAAAAAAAAGAAAUCUAAAAAAAGUAUUAAAAAGUUACAUGUUGAAAAAUUAGAUUUAAGCAAACAUAGUUCUGAAAGUGAUGAAGUGCCUGAACUAAUGUCUCCUCCGACGAAACAUAUUGAAGAGCCCUACAACGAUGAUGGAGCUUGGUCUCAUUCAAGUAAUGAAAGCUUUGAAUUUACUCCGGUACAAACAGAAAGUACUGAAGAAGGAUUGAAAGUAUUUAAAUGGAUGAUAGCUCCAUUUAGUCCUGACGACUUCCUCAACCAAAUAUGGGAAAAAAAACCACUGCAUAUUGCUAGGAAAAAGCCCCAAUACUAUAAUGAAAUUAUUUCUACGCCAAGCAUUGAUACAAUGUUGAGAAAAGAAAACAUUCAAUUUACUAAAAAUAUUGAUAUAACUUCAUAUAUUGACGGUAAAAGAGAGACUCAUAAUCCUGAAGGUAGAGCUCACCCACACUUGGUUUGGGACUUUUAUUUAAAUGGCUGUAGCAUUAGGUUAUUAAACCCACAGACAUAUAUAUCACGCCUACAUUUACUAAAUGCUACUCUGCAAGAAUUCUUUACCUCCUUUGUGGGUGCUAAUGCAUAUCUUACUCCACCAGAUAGCCAGGGAUUUGCACCACAUUAUGAUGAUAUUGAAGCAUUUAUUUUGCAAGCUGAAGGUAAGAAACAUUGGCGUGUUUAUAAACCAAGAGAAGAAAAUGAGGUACUUCCUAGAAUAUCAUCAAAGAAUUUCACUGAUGAUGAAAUAGGAGAUCCUGUUCUGGAAGUAACUUUAGAGGCUGGGGAUAUGUUGUAUUUUCCUCGAGGAUAUAUACAUCAAGGUAUUACAAUUGAUGGAGAGCAUUCUCUACAUGUCACAAUCAGUAUGUAUCAAAAACAUGCAUGGGCUGAUUUAUUUGAAAAGAUGUUACCGGCUGCAUUACAAAUAGCUAUUAAUGAAAAUGUGGAACUAAGACGUGGUUUACCUUUUGAUAUCUAUGAUAAUUUUGGCCUUGUACACUCUGAUGUUAAUACUCCACGUAAAACUAAAAUAGAAAAUCUAAUCAAAACUUUAUUUGAUAAAAUUAAAGAUUACUUGCCUAUUGAUGAGGCUGUUGAUCAAAUGAGUAAGAAAUUUCAACAAGAUGCUCUUCCUCCAGUUUUGAGUGAUUUUGAAAAAGCAGUCACAGUAUAUGGUGAUACAGAUCUCAUGAUAGAAAAUGGGAGGGUUACAAAUAGAGUCGAAAUUAGUCUAGAUACUAGGAUAAGAUUAUUGCGUAAGAACAUUUUAAGGAUGAUUUCCGAGGAUCGCAUAAGGUUGUAUUAUCAUGCUGAGAAUUCUUUAGAAUAUCAUGGAAGUGAACUACCAUAUUUAGAAAUUGAAGAAGAUAUAGCACCAGCUAUUGAAACCUUAAUAACUUCAUAUCCAGAAUAUGUGUCAGUUGAAAAUUUAGAUGUACCUAAUGAAUCAGACAAAUUACAAAUCGCAGAUGCCCUAUGGAGCAGGGGUUUGAUUAUGACAGAAUACCCACUGGAAAAUAUUGAUGAUGAUUGAAUUAUUUGAUUUGUUCUUAGUACACUAGAUAAGAUAAACAUUAAUACAA